UUACACACAGUGAACAGCUCCACGGUGCUGAAAUCAGUCAGCACACUAGAAGACUCCUCUCACACUCACACGCGCACACACACACACACAAACAUGGAGGCCAGAGCUAGAGGAAUCCACUGGAAACUUUUCGCACUUUAUUGCUUGUUGGCUAAUGCCUUUGCCCAAGAUUUCGGCCCGACGCAGUUUAUCUGUACGUCCGUGCCCAAAGACGUGGACAUUUGUACGGCCACGCUGCAGAACAGUGUGCCCGGUGAGGAGCUUAGAGCCACAGUCAUGCAGCUCAGGGAGACGGUACUCCAGCAGAAGGAAACCAUCGUAAACCAGAAGGAGACCAUCAGAGAGCUCACGGCGAAGCUGGCGCGGUGCGAGAGUCAGCGCGCUCCCGAGGCUGGAGGAGGAGGGAGGCGGAAGGAGACGGGUUCGAAAAACACCAUGGGGGAUGUGUCGAGGGGUCCAAGUGAGACACUCGCACAACUCUCGCAGACUUUGCAGAAUCUAAAGCAAAGAUUAGAAAGCCUGGAGCAAUUCAGCCGAAGUAACGGCUCGGCUCCAGCAAACAGCCUAAAGGAUCUGCUGCAGAGCAAAAUUGACGACCUGGAGCGCCAGGUGCUGGCCCGCGUUAACGCCGUGGAGGAAGAAGGCAGACCGGCCGCGCGCAACGAGAGCGCGCAGCGCGGGCAAGUCGAGGCUACGCUUACAUCUCUGCACCAGCGCCUCAGCGACCUGGAGAAAGGUCAAAAGGAAUCCAGACCGCUGGACAAAUUUCAGUUGACGUUUCCCCUGAGGACCAAUUACAUGUAUGCUAAAGUGAAAAAGAGCCUGCCAGAGAUGUAUGCCUUCACCGUGUGUAUGUGGAUUAAAUCUAAUGCGUCGCCUGGAGUGGGAACGCCAUUCUCAUAUGCAGUCCCUGGUCAGGCCAAUGAGUUAGUUCUUAUUGAGUGGGGAAACAAUCCAAUGGAGAUCCUUGUUAAUGACAAGGUUGCAAAGCUGCCUUUUCUCAUUAAUGAUGGAAAAUGGCAUCACAUCUGUGUUACGUGGACAACACGUGACGGAGUGUGGGAUGCUUUCCAAGAUGGCGUGUUGAGAGGAAGCGGAGAAAAUCUGGCACCAUAUCAUCCAAUUAAACCCCAAGGCAUGCUUAUAUUAGGACAAGAACAGGAUACACUUGGCGGUGGGUUUGAUGCUACUCAGGCAUUUGUGGGCGACAUGGCAAAUUUUAACAUCUGGGACCGAAAACUGACUGUGGCAGAGAUUUAUAAUCUGGCAACAUGCAGCAGCAAAGCACAAGUGGGUAAUGUCUUCUCCUGGCUGGAGACCAGCAUUGAGAUCUAUGGUGGAGUAUCCAAAUGGACCUUUGAAGCUUGCCGCCAGUUGAACUGAACUAUAUGGGAAUUAUAAAGCUAACAAGAAAUCCUGUUCAUCAUCAUAUAUAAUUUAAAAACCAUGGAGAUGACCAUGGCAACAAAACAAAUAUCAUCUGGAAUUUUUUUUUUUGUUAUUAUUUGAGAAUUCUUGUGAACCUUCGAGAAGUUUUUUUGUGUCUGUGAAAAGAAAUACUUACCCCACAUCUGUUUUGGAUUUUGAAACCGGAGAGAAACUUGAAACGGUUCGUAUUCGAAAUUUCUAACCUGACAACCCCGCAUUAUUACCCACAAUUUUUCCUGAUCUUCUGGCCAUGUGAUGAUUUAUUGAACAGUUAGCCUACUUGACACUUAUUGGCAAAGGCGUCUGAUUCGAAUGAUAUGAUUUAUCAUUAGUCUACAAAGCCAGGUAGAUUUGCAUUAAAUUUGUGAUGUCACAUUACCUACUUUUUCAUACAAGAAUAGCACUGGCAUUUUUCACUGUGAACAGUAAAGGGGAUCUAAAGUAAAAAAAAAGAAGAAAGAAUGUAAAAUCAAGAACAAAAGUGAAAUAACAUUUUUUUCCUUGUGAGUUUUCUUUUCAUGUCGUGUGUGUGUGUGUGUGUGUGUGUGCAUGUACGUGAAAAGCCUUGGAGUUGCCAACAUUUUACAAACCUGUGUGCCUUUGGGCUGUUAAAAAAUCUUAAAGGUCAUUCUUUAAUAUUUGCAUUAUUUAAUAUUUGCAAGUACUUGUACAUGUGUGUUUAUUUCCUUGUGUAAUUAUUGAUUCUGAAAGCUAUAUUGAUUAUUGUCAUAACACUACAUUUAGCAGUCAUUGCACAUUUGAAGCAAUUUGUCUAAAAGCACAUGACCCAUUGUGUGUUUGACAGGUGUUUCUAUUUUGUAAGGAAUGUUCUUUACAGGAAAACAGCAUGAUAGUCUUAAAUACUUCAGCAGCAUCAACAAUCAAAUCUGCUUUUCCUAUUCUCUUUUUGGGUUCAGAUUUUAUACUGUAUUGUUCUAUGCUAAAAGCAUGGCAGCACUAAAAUAUGAAAAAAAAAAAAGAUCUAAUGUUUGUAAUAAAAUUGUGAUACCUAAAUCA